GAGAACCGGAGGGUGGAAGUUCCCGAGAACUUCAGCGGGUCCGUGAAGCUUCGUCCGCCGCCGAACGCGUCUGCAUCUCCUCGUCGAGGGACGCUCUGAGACGGAGCCUUGAGCCGGUCCAGCCGCCCUCGACUGGAUUAUCGCCCACUCACCGUCGGUAGAACCGAGAGGGAUUACGCCGCGGUCCGGAUUACAGCUGUGGAGGCUUCAGCUGCGUGACGUCCAGCGCCGUCCACCCUGGUUUCACCUCCAUCUCCAUGAAAGCGAGACCCUCCGCGGAUAUAAGCGUCCACGGUGCCUCAGCCCAGCCCGCCCAGGUCCAUCUCCUCCUCGGUUAGAUCCUGAGAUCACACAUUCCAGUCGGUGGUCUCGCCUCACCGUGCGAUGGAGCCCCUGUGGAGAUGUUUGCUCGGACUUCUGGUCAUCGUGUGCCGGACAAAGCUGACCCGGUCCACCAUUUUAGACUCCAUUUACUGGAAUACGUCCAACACUAAGUUUGUCCCCGGGAGGGGUCUGGUCCUGUACCCUCAGAUCGGAGACAAGAUGGAUAUUGUGUGCCCGCGCCUCAGGCCGGGCUCGAGCGACCAGACCAACAUCGAGUACUUUCGCGUCUACUUGGUCCCCAAGGAGCAGCUGGAGACCUGCCGCGUGGACAAGAGCAACAUGGCCCUGCUGAACUGCGACAAACCCGACCAGGACGUCAAGUUCACCUUCAAGUUCCAGGAGUUCAGCCCCAACCUGUGGGGCCUGGAGUUCCUCAAAGGAAAAGACUAUCACAUCAUCUCAACGUCAAACAGCACCUUAGAAGGCUUGGACAACCUUGAGGGAGGUGUAUGCAAGACCAAAUCCAUGAAGCUGGUGCUCCGAGUUGGACAGAAUCCUACUGACCCAGUCUCCACGAAAGACCAUUCACCAAAAUACUCGGACCCCGACAACCAAAGCACCUUCAACAAGGAGAACGACGUCUUUGGCAAAGCCGACUCCACCCCAGAUGCCGAUACAGACGGAAAGAGUGGCGAGUCCGUGGCCCGUCAGGGCUCGGAGAUGGCCCUGUUUGCCGGCGUGGCCUCAGGAGCUGUGGUGCUCAUUCUUCUAUUCGUGGUGGUUCUGGUGCUGUUGGUGCGGCGGCGGCACCGCAAACACUCGGCCCAGUGCUCUGGCCCCCUCCCACUGCACACGCUGCCCAAACGCGGCAGCACCGGCGCUAACAACAACGGCUCGGAGCCCAGCGACAUCAUCUUCCCCCUGCGUGCCUCCGAUAGCAUGUACUGCCCGCACUACGAGAAGGUCAGCGGGGACUAUGGGCAUCCCGUCUACAUCGUCCAGGAGAUGCCCCCGCAAAGCCCGGCGAACAUCUACUACAAAGUUUGACACAGCCACUUGUAGGAUGGACGAUUUGAUUAGCCUCCUGAAAACAUGGACAUCGUGUUUGUUGAUGCCGUUGGAGGAGUUCUACCAGGCAGGACGGAACAGGGACCAAAGCCUUGAGCCUGUUUCUUGAUUGAAAGGAAAGUCUGUGAUUGGUCUGGUGAAGGUCUUUGAUAGGUCUGGUAAAAGUCGUUGUUUGGUCCAGACAAAGUCUUUGUUUGGUCUGGAGAAAAUGUUUGUUUGGUCUGGAGAAAGUCUUUGAUCUGGAGAAAGUCUUUUGAUUGCAGCCUGGUUCUACACGGGGAAAUGUGUUCAAACAAGAAUGACUGAGAUAAAGAACUCUUGGAACCAACCAAGGAUUUGAAGGCACAUGUGAUUUCUCCAAUCCAGGGCAGACUGAGGUUCUAGCAGCUUUGCACUCAGGGGACAACAAUUAAGCCACUUCAGAAGGACCUAAACUUUACAAAUUUACUUGCUGAGAACGUUCAUCAGGGCAAAGAUUGUAACACCGCCACAUCGGGUCAUGUCUUGAAGGACUUUAACCAGAUUUUCCAGGGUAACUAGACCUUUUAGAUCUAGUUCUCUAAGUGUCACAUCGUAUUUGGCAAGCUUCUUUGAUAAAUGUUUGCAUCUCAAGCCAGUUUGGUUGAACGUGUCUUUUCUCUAAGCUCCUGCUUGAAGGAGCUGGAUGAAUCAUCAGAAUAGUCUGGCUAUAAAAGGCUGUUUCUGCAUCUCCGAGCUGGUCUGAUGAAUGCAUAACACAUAUCAAACUCCUGCUGUUUCUCCUCCAUAUGCCGUUUCUGCGUCAGGGUGCGAGAUUUUGCAGCUUCUUCAGGCCACAUGUGGUUCUCUCGUUCGCUUUGGCGGCUUGUCAAACACCUCGUCAAGGAAGGAAAGCCAAACAGGACAUUGUGCACAAACCCCUCUUUGUUUACUCGUGUAAAUACUACCUAAAUCUUUGUUGUUGUUGUUUUUUUUUUUUAAAUUAAGUCUUAAGUUAUGUUUUGUAUGAAUCUGAAUACGGAGGAGAAGAGGACAGGGCCGGUUCUCGAGUGUUAAUACCGUAGAUUUGUAUUGCUCACGUACGCAGUGGCGGUUCAGCGGGUCUCAAUCUGAUCUGUCCAAGUGUUGAUUUGUUGAUUGUACACCAAGCGAAUGUUCCGUUCCAGCUGGCCGCAAUUGAAUGGAUUAUGAUUGUUCGACUGAAUGAGCUCAUAACUGUAGCUCGGGCUGUUUCUCAAAGUUUGUUUUUGUAACAUUUGAAUAAAGCUGGUGGCACGGUGGGUUAAAAAAA